GGUAAUAGAAGGCUUAAAGUACAGUCAAGUAGCCAUUGCUGAGUGUUGUAGAAAAUUUUACAUGAACUCUGUCUGAAUCCAACCCGAUGUUUGAUAUUCCAUAAUGAUAACGCAAGAUGUGAAGCAGAGGAUGUCAUAGUAUAUUAUAUUGAAUGUUUAUUGCCGACGUUCGAGAUACCUACUGUAUUGGGAAUCAUUACAAAAAUAGAACCCCAUCAAAGUCUCAUUAAGCAGAUGUUAACAGUAUAGGAAUAUCAGAGGACUAAUGUGAGAAGAAUUCCACUGGCAAUCUCCUCCGCGUCUCGAUUGUGUUAGAUUCUACAGCUGAUUGAUAUCACAAAAUCAGUGUAUGGAUUCUUAGUGGUGUUGGGAAUAUUGACAAUCGAUAUUCUGACCUUUUGAUAUUGUACUGAUGUUUAUAGAAUUGUGACUUUUGAUAAAAGACACGACGACUGAUUUGAUAAUACUUCUAUUGAUAAUUACCUUGGGUUAGAUUAUUAAACUCUUUUAUAUCACGAAAUAUGCAUUCAGAUUCCUAGAAGAACGAAAAUCUAUUAUUUAACCUUUGGUGCUGUUUCGACUAGGAAACGAGUUGUUGUCGCAGGAAUUGGGAAGUUGCUAUACUACACGAUAACAGAGAGAUAACUUGAGUGAGAAGCACAGCGGAAGUUUUUGUGUGUGUUGGUCAUCAAUAUCGGAUGGUGACGUGUUAACAUUUUACCGUAUUCUCUAGUGUGAGAACGUUAUACAGUGUUACUCCAGGCGGUAUUACCACUCAACUAAAUGAAACUAUUAAUGCGAAUUAUGUAUUAGUGAAUAUAACAUACUCUGUUUAUACGAAUAUUGUUUUUAAACCAAACUGACAGUUGGCUUGAACUCUCUGAAAAAUAUGAUAUAUUUCUAUGCUUUUGUUAGUGAAAGUGCCUUUGACGUUUUUGCUUUAUGCGCAUCUUGGGAGUUUUUUGCCGGAAUUCUCUGAACUUUUUUUUAAAAGGCCUAUCAGAUAUUCUUCAAGUGUUGGUCGGCAGAUGUUACUGGUUUUGCCAAGUUAAGUGAAAGACGAGAGAAGGGGAAAUAGAAACGUGUUAAACAAUGUGCGUAAUAUGAGACUGGUUGUGCAUUCCUAUUAGCUAAGUUGUACAAAUACAUACCAUACUUGUACUAACAGGUUGUUUUGACUUCAGAAAGUAGGUAAAUGAGCCAAUAACGUACCAAGGAUUGGCUCCACUGUGUGUGCAAUACUCUAUAUACAAUCCUGGUGUGAAGAAAGUCCAACUGUAAUUAACUUCUGUUUUCGAGAAUAUUUGUCAUCGUUUGAAAAUCGUAUUCUUUAAGGAAUUCACAAAUUAAGAAGUUCCAAAUGGCUCUCAAAUAUAUGAACGGAACUAACCAACCAGCCAUCUUCACACACAUGACAUUUACCACAAUUUUUGUUACGUUGGCUAUAGUAAUCAGUAACUGUUUAAUUCUUUUGGUAAUAUCUUGGACUAAGGCUUUCAAGAAUGUCAACAAGUGGUUCCUGCUUUCGUCAACUAUCUCGGAUUUACUAUUAGGAUUGUUUGUGACUCCAUUUUCGAUCUUCAAUUCCUUAUACAAUUCCUGGGUAUUUGCUAAUGAUAUUUUCUGUUGUAUUGAAGCUUACGUUGCGGCCGCAUUGCUGAUCGCUGGACUUUAUUCCCUUGCGUGGUUGCAGGUGGAUCACUAUGUGGCUAUUCGCAAACCGGAUCGCUAUAAGUAUGUCAUGUCGCCUACCAGGUCAGCCUGUUGGAUUGGGUUCGUUUGGUUGGUCUCCAUAAGCUUCUGCAUGCCACCGCUCUUUUCCUUACGUCGUGCCAGAUACUACAGAGAGGCUUUCAUCUGCAUCAUUGAAGCUAAGCAGCAGCGAGCUUAUUUCAUGACAGCGGGUCUCUUGGUUGCUGGUCCGGCCAUCUCGGCCCUGUUCUAUACCAGUUUUUAUAUGUUCACCAAAGCUUACAAAAAACAAUUAAAGUUCUAUAAUCAGGUAUUCGUGGAUCGCGCCAGUCGACCUCUCAAUUAUAAAAUUAAUCUGAUUAACUCUACUAUCUUUAUCGUCUGUUGGUUGCCCUGGUGCUUGCUAAGGGUUCACCAUGCUGUCGUUAGUCGCGACAAAAGAGCUUCCCCGGAGUUCCACUUUUACUUUUUGUGGCUCGGCAUUAGUACGGCAUUUGUAAAGUUUAUUGUUUAUGUUUGUAAGAGUAAAGAAUUCCGUGAUGGACUCCGAGAGAGUUUUAAUGUACAUGCUGAUAAUUGCGAUUGCCCACGUUGUGAACCUCAUCACAACAUUGCAUGUGCGGAUGCAUGUAACGAAAGUACCAAAUUUGUACAGGUUUAGUUACAUAAUGAUCAUAGACUUGGGUUUGGUGUAGGCCUAAUGAUAAAACAUAUUUUAAUUGAUGAUGUGUUGAAAUAUCUGAACUGUUACAAUGGGUCAAUGUGUUGAAAUAUCAGAAGUAAGCUGUCAUUAAGACCCAUACUUACACAGAUUGAGACGAAUGUAUGCUAAAAAGACAAUAUCAACUUUCCAAAAGGUUAAGAAGACAAUAGGAACUUUACACAAGGUUAAGAAAAUAAGAAAACAAUAGAAACUUUACACAAGGUUAAGAAAACAAUAGCAACUUACAAAAUAUUAAGAAGACACAAGCAAUUUACAAAAAAGGUUAAGAAGACAAUUACAAAGUGUAAACGACAAUAGCAACUUUACAAAAUGAAAUGGUGUACAAAUGGAAUCAAUAAUUACAAUAUAUUAUUAUAUGAAAAUGUAGACGAUUUUUUGUGGACAAACUCAAAUGUUAAUGUCAUCUAAAACGACAGCCAACUUCGUCUGCAGUAUUUAACAAGAAUUGAUCAGACAAAUGACAUCUAAGCCUGUAAUAAAUAUGCGUACUGUAAUGUUUUCAGGUUUAGGUUCCAAAUCCAAAUUGUCGCCGAUGUGUAAACUACUUUAAAUUGUGAUGUAGUUAAAUUGCAAAGUUGCUUGAGAUUGGAUACAUUUUUGGAGACUUUUCUUUCAUUCAAUUCCCGGAGUAUAAACCUUACUUUUUAUCAAAUGACUAUAAUUCUUAUGGAAUCUGAAAUCAGGCGUAUCUAUGACGGGAUAAGAACUAUUGUCUCUGUAAAACAGAACCUUUGCCGGAUAUCAGCAUUAAUAUUAGAAUGGAGCAGCUAGAAGUACCUCUAGACAUAUAUGACUUUUGCAUUUUAACGUACAGGGUGUUACAUGUUACUGAUAUUUUAUCGUGUUUUUUUCAGAUAUAAGUAUUUAUUACAAUUAUAUGAUAAGACCUGUCAUUCUGUUAUAGUGCCACGUUUUGUUUUGUUUUGUUUUUUUGCAAUUAGACUAGACAUUUCAAAAGAUGGACAAUUUUUUCCAUAUCUUAUUUUUAUCCUAUAUUGAAUAAAAUCAAGAUUCAAAAUAUUUUGAAUAACUUCAUGCUGUAUUUCUAAUGUGUCAUGUCACGCUGUCUGUGCCUUUGCCUAACAACAUCGCGAAGUAGUGUGUAUCAUGACCGGUUGACAGAAAGUAAAGCACUUUUGGUCAAUGAAAUCGCGCCUUAUAUGAAGGGGGAAUCAAUGUCCAUGCAGUGGCCAAAUGCCAUAUACUCGAUUAUCAAACAAAUGAGGAUUAUUGAGUAUUGCUUCGUAAGUCGUGUAGUCACCGACAAACAGCUCCUGGUGUGCACAGGCCUUUGAUGUUCCACCCUGUUUGGAUAAGCUUGUGACCUAAAGCAUUGUGCUGCUGUUUAUCGGCCACCUCGAGUUUGUGUGUGACAUGGAAUGAAGUUAAAUGGCGUUUAACGUCCCAUUUGGCUUUUGUGUGAAAAGGCGUCGGAUCGCAUUUAUAGCAAAUAAGGAUGUUUGGGCAAUAGACAUAAUGAAAGAAAGAUUAGGCAUGAUAUAAACCCAAAAUAUGAACAGGGGUGAAAGAAAUGAUUUGUUUAUAAAAAAAAAUUUUCACCCUUAAAACAACACAUUUUCCCCCCUGUGUGUUCUGGUUGACUUUAUGAUCUGGAAGUGAGCAUUAUUGAACCAGAUCUCCAUUUCCAUAGCCGUUUUGGGUAAUAAUUGAUGAUAUUACGACGGAAGUGUAAACUGUCAUUUUUCAGAUCGAUCAUCGGAAGUUACAAUACUGGACCACAUUUCAAAUCGUAAGCCUUAUUAAACCGCUGUACAAGAUGAUUGACCCUUACGGUUACGCUCAGUAACAUCAUAAUGGCGUCGAUAACACGCGCGUUGUGUAUAUUGGACGUAGUAAUACAAACUGGUCCGGACAAAAUUGACGCCUUUUACUCAUUAAUUUUUAUACCUUAGGGUACUAUUUUAGAUACCAAUUUACAAUUUACACUAAAUAGAAAACUUUUUUUAUCCAGAUGUACUUCAAUCACCUUUAUUCGUUUCUUAAUUUAAUUUGCAGUAGAAAAAAAACUAAUAUUGAAAUUAUUAUCUCACCCCGAUAUCAUCACUGUCAGUGAUAUUGGCGGCCAUCAGUUUGGUAAAAAUGUAGGUUGUUAACGCGUCCAUAAGACUCGUAUGCUGCUCUCUAUAUAUAUAAUGCAAAAACACCUGUGGUUUUCACGCAUUUUGUAAUAUUUUAACAAUCCCCAUUCUUCAAACAAGAGUUAUAUCCCUUGUAUCGAAUACACACCACCAAACACGGUAUUUAUAUACGCCCACAAUUUUUAUCUGAUUGUGAUGAAACUUGAAAUGUAUUUUUAUUGCCCAAAGAUGCUGGUUCCUUUCGAUAUCGGAUCGUAACCUCCUGAAUUAUGGACCCUGACUGUACGAAAAAUCGCGUGUUUAGCUUGUGGUCCGAUUUAGAAAAACCUUUCGAAUAUAUGACAGUUACACUGUAAUGUGGGUUGAGUUCGAAUUUCGUGAAAAUUUGACCAAAACUGCCGGGCAAAAUGGCCGCCCCUCGAACGCAAAUAGUGUAAACAUAUGGUAUAUCACGGUUGUGGACCCUUUAGAGGUCACAAUUUCGUUCCGAUUUUGAUGAAACUUGAAAUGCAUGUUUAUAGCCCAAAGUGCUUGCUUCCUUUUGAUAUUCGCUCAUAUCGGAUCUUAACUUCCUGAAUUAUGGCCCCUGAUUUUACGGCUUGUGGUCCCUCUAGGGGUCACAAUUAUUAUUCGAUUUAAAAAAAAAACAACGUUCGAAUAUAUCACCGUUACAUCGUAAUGUCGGUUGAGUUUAAAUUCCAUUGAGACUUAGCUUCGAACAACCAGUACGGUGGUUGAAAUUAUUGCACACGUCUUGUUAAACCUUCAGAGGCUUAUAUCUUCGCUCGCAUUAGAGUAAUUUGAAUGAAAUUUUAAAAUUAUUUAUUUUACAUUAUCUAUUUUCGAACUAUUAUAGCAAGAAUGGCUAGUUCUUUAUCUAGAUCUUACAUAAUGUAUCUUUAAAAUAUAUCUUUAUGUCCCAAACAUCUCAGCCCCUUUCGAUAUUUGCGCACUUCAGGCCAUAACUUUCUGGAUUAUGACCCCUGAUUGUACGAAAAAUCGCUUUUGUUUUAGCUUGUUCUCUAUCCACCUCUUGCAAAAUGUGGGCGUAUCUUGCCUGGCAACCGCUGGUUUUUCUAUGCAGUUACAUUCGUUAUCAAGGCUAUGUCCGUCCACUCAUAAGAAAUUAUGCCAUUUUUGUACUUUUUCGCUUGAAUGUAGUGGUCUUAAGCAGUGGGAGGAGAGCCGCGGACGCGGAGAAAACGCACGAGGUUGGGCAGACGACCAUAGUCCUUGUCGUUAGGAUUCCCCUUUAGAGCGAUUCAUGCACAGAACAAAACUCCAAUAAAGGAGCUAUAUUUUGGGCUUAUUUUAACAUAUAUGAUAAGACGACUUACCAUUAAAAACACCAUUUAUUAGAGUAGAGUAAAAAUAAACACAAAGAUUUUUUUACAGAAUCUGUUGGUGUCAUAGAGAUUUGCCAAUUUUAUAGUUUUCUGUUUUAGGUUUUAGUAGUAGUUGCUGCCUGCUGCCGACUUUCAUUAUUUCUGUUUUAUCAUCGUUGAGUUUUAAUAAAUGUGAGUCUAUCCAUUUACGAAUAUCUGAUAAACAGGCACCGAGUUUGCAUAUCUCAGAUGGUUCAGAAGAAGGCCCAAAAGCUAUAUAAAUUUGAGUGUCGUCAUAUACGUCAUUGGUUACAAUCAACUAAAUUAAAAAUUAAAUCGCUGAGUCUAAGCCAAAAUUUUAAUCAAGUUCGUAACUACGUAUUUUUGAAAGUCCGGCGAGUAAUGAAGAAUUUUUUUCAUGGCUUCACUGAUAAAUAAAUGAAUGAAUAUUGUCACGUGAAUGUCUAUUUUGGGCAAAUGCUUUCUGCCUGCAGGGUUCACUCCCAUUUCGACUACGUCCCAUUUCGACUACACCUCAUUUCGACUACAAAUUUUAUUACCCUCAAAAUCUUGACCCCCAACUAAUCAGCAAUGAGCUGUUCCAUCGAUUAAGAGAUUUAAUUAAGGUAAUGAUUAUUGUUAAAAAUAGCUUAUAUUUUGAUUCUGGAACAGUAUACAGUGAUCAUAUCACACCUAUUCUAUAUAAACUGCACUGGCUUCCUAUAAUUUUUAGAAUUGAAUACAAGAUUUUAUUAUUAGUUUUUAAAUGUAUAAAUAACAUGGCACCUAUUUAUCUUAGUAAUCUUUUAUGUUUUUAUGAACCUCGUCGACAAUUACGGUCUUCCGGUGACAAUUUUCUACUUAUUAAGCAAAAUACUAAUCUUGUCAGUUUGGGCAAGAAGGCUUUUGAGGUUGCUGCCCCAAAACUAUGGAAUAAACUUCCUUAUUCCAUUGGGUCAUGUACUUCUCAUUUAAGAUUUCUCUUAAAACCCACUUGUUUAAUAGGGAUUUUAAUUAAUCAUCUCUGUCAUAAUUGUAUCUAUAAUUUUAUACAUUACUUUCCUUUUUUUUAAUAUCAUAUUGUAAAGCGUCAUUGAGCACUUUUGUGGAAAUGACGCUAUAUAAACGCUUAUAAAUAAUAAUAAUAAUAAUAUAGCUUGUUUUCUUUAACAUCAAAGCAAAAAUAUCAACUCAGAGUACAUUUUAGUUUUGGACAAAUAUUUGUAAUUUUUGGAGAUUACAUUGAGUUUAAUGCUUACUUAUCUAUAUAACACGAAUAAAUUCAAAUUUUGUACAUUUAUUCUUCAAGUUCACUAUAAUUCAGUCAAAAUUUUUUUUAUCUUAUUAGAAUUACUUUAUGACAAAUAUUGUUUUAUGUGUUGACGGGACUUCGUGAAAUAGAAUGUAGGAUGUUUUAUGGAAGAAUCUAUUUUGGCUAUAGGGAGGGUAUAUAAGUAGGGAUAAUAAAGCCACCAGACCAUAUAAUCUGUUGUCAUAAGCUGUAGGCGAAUUGGGACGUAGGCGAAAUGGGAGGGUAUCGCCUGCAGUGCACGAGCGAACCCCGACUGAACUUUUCUCAAGUUAAAACAUGUCAGUUUAUAUAAAGCACAACUGUCUGAGGCUGUGGGUCAUUGUACCUUUAGUACAAACAGCAAGACGUCAAAGGAAUUUCAUUCAACAUAAAAGUAAUUGACACUUAAUAUAAUAAUGUUAGAUAAGACUAUUUAAUAGACCUUUUAGAGGCCUGUAUAAGAAACGAUGUAUAUAUGGGUUGGUUAUUUUGCACGUGGACAAAUUUUGUUUUAUAACGAGAGAUUAGUUUACUCCAUUGACGCUUUUCGUGUUUAUUGAGGGGUGUCUGUAGUUUUCAUGUCCCAAUUCCUAAUAAUAAAAAAAAAGUUUAAUA